AUGCCAGCCCUCGACCUCUUUUCUCUCAAAGGCAAAAACGCGUUUGUCACGGGAGGAUCACGAGGCAUUGGUGCCGCUAUUGCUAUUGCUUUGGCUGAUGCUGGAGCCUCGGUCUGCGUCGCCCAACGCGAUACAACCAGCACUGAUACUAUGGAUGCCAUUCGGGCUAGAGGUGUAAGGGCAGAGAUUGUUUCGUGCGACCUGGGUGACAUGGACGCAGUCAAGAAGGUCUUUCAGCAAGCACUGGAUGCCAUGGACGGACGAAUCGAUAUUUUGGUCAAUUGUGGUGGCAUCUUGAAGAGAAAAGAGGUCCUAUCUGUAUCCGAGGAAGAAUGGGAUGCUGUGAUGGAUGUCAACCUAAAGGCAGUAUUCUUCAUCUGCCAAGCAGCCGGAAAUCACAUGGUUCCUCGAAGAUCAGGCAAAAUCGUCAACAUUGCAUCCAUCAACAGCUUCAUAGGCGGCGAAAACUAUGCGCCGUACUCAUCUUCAAAGGGUGGAGUAUCGCAGUUGACAAAGGCUUUGAGCAACGAGUGGGCAAAGCACAAUGUUCAAGUCAACGCCAUCGCGCCAGGAUACGUGGCUACAGAUAUGAAUACUGCAUUGCGACCAAAUGCAGAGCUUACAGCCGCUGCGAUAACUGGUUGCCCUGCUGGAAGAUGGGGCACUCCCGCUGAUUACGCUGGACCUGCUGUAUUCCUCUGCAGCGAUGCCUCUCAAUAUGUGACGGGGGAAGUUCUCGUGGUUGACGGUGGACUACUAGGAAAAUGA